AUGGUAGCUGCUGUAAAAAGACGGCUAAUUCUGGUGUUACUAGUAAGCUUGAGUGGGCUAGGCCACGGUAGAAUCGAGGAUGACGACGAUGACAACUCGAGGACUGGAUUUAUGGCUUUUCAAACUUUCAGGCCUCUAUGGGACACGCCUGGAAUUGAGGCCACAACUAAAGGCGACAAGGACGAAGAAACAAAGCUAAAAAGUAAGUAUCUGGCAAUGCCCAUUGGCAAUUAUAACCCACAAAUGAUCGUGAUCCACCGUCGUAAACGGUUAGAUAAUUUAAGAGCUGGACAGGUUAUCCAAAAAGGGUUGGUAUAUGAACCUUAUAGUGGGGGACCUGAUCCAGUGGCAAAAAACGGAUUUUGCAUCCGGGAAGUAUCAAAAAUGUGGCAAAAUGCUUCCCUCUCCAAGUGAAAAAACCCCAAUUUCAAAAGGCGCGCCCUUCAAAACGAAGUUUUUUCACUUGGAAAGGGAAGCAUUUUGCCACAUUUUUCAUACUUCCUGGAUGCAAAAUGGCACGUUUUUUGCCACUGGUCCUUCACUAUUUAAAUGGCCAGCCCAAAAAAGUUAAAUUGCUUGCCAAUUCAUCCAAAUCGCUAGCCAAGAGCCUCCGCCAACUGUUUGGCUAACGAUUUAGAUGAUUUGACGAGCAAUAUAACCUUUUUGGGCUGCCAUUUAUAAGAUUUUUACACCAACCCUUUCUGGAUACCCAUUUCAUCCCUUAAAUCAGCUAACCGUUUACGACAACGGAUCACCGUCUUUUGAAGUUCAUCAUGGUAGGUCAUAAUCGCAAGUAUCUGCCUUAUACUGUCAUGUAAAUAUUGCAGAAUCAAAGUCUGACGACAAGGAGGAGAAAGAUCCCAAAGAGGAAAAAGAUCCCAAAGAAGAAAAAGAUCCCAAGGAAGAGAAAGAUCAAUUCGUUUCCAAUGCCGAUUUCCUCUCAGAAUUCAAUCAACCUACCUCCAAUUUCAAUGCUGACCCCUUCCGCUAUCCCCAACCGAAUCCCUGCAUGAGUUUGCCAGCUCAAUGUCCGCCGCCACCACCUUAUUCAUGCGGAUGCCCAGCUCCUCCUCCACCGCCCCCUAGAUGUGUCCCUAGAUUCUGUCCGCCCCCUCCGUUAUGUCCACCACCUCCUCCGCCAGUUUUCUGUCCCCCUCCACCUCCUUGUAUGCCAAGACCUUGCCCUCCACCACCUCCUCCACCGCCACCACCACCAAUGCCACCUUGCUCAUGUAUGCCAGCACAAUAUGUCCCACCGGUAAGUUGAUGAGAGGCUAAAAUCUAUCAAAUAGCACUCAAAACGACCUAAAUGUCAUAUUCUUUAAGAAUGACUGCUGCGCAAACUGCCAUCGGCCAUGCAAAAUGAAAAAAUCGAAGUUUAUGUUAGCCAUGCAAGGUGCUCGGACUCUGACCCCAGAAUUGGAACAAAGAACUGCAAUGUGCAAUAGUUAUAUACUGCGAAACAUAAUCGGAGAGGUAAGUAACUUAAUCGACAAGUUGCCAAAUUUUAGAACAUAUCCCACGACAUUGAUCAAAGCAAAAGAUCCAUUCAAUUUGAAGCAGAAAAACAAUUAGGAAAGCCGAUAAAUGUAAUUUGCGGGCAUGGAGAGUUCUCUUUCACAAUUCACACAGACCUCUACUGCCAAUACUCGUUCUAUGAAGUGUCUUGUUACGCGUAUCAACCAUAA